GUAACAUGAUACAUGAUAUUUCAUAAAUCGAUCUUUACAAGUUUUAAAAUACAAACCAUUGAUAGGCAAAACAAACCAUUGAAGAUACGAAAAUUGACUUGUCAGAUCAGGAACUUAUGAAGACAUUUUUUUCAAUAUCCUAAUGGAAAGUAUAAAUCACUGAAAACUGGUUACAUUAUGGCUGUGCCUGGUAAAAAGAAAUCCAAGAAGCUAUCAUCUACACUAUCCCGAGGUGUUGCUGAAGAUUUUGACAUAUUCUGUAAAAUAUGUGACAGAGAUGACAUCAGACUACCUGCCUUUGGUUACUGUGUCGAUUGUGAGGAACAUUUAUGUCAAACUUGCUUUAACACUCACAGAAAACCAAAACCACUACGCCAUCACCAACUUCUAGAUAAAGAUCACAUGCCACAUAAACAAAACCUCAGUAAGUCAAUAAAAUCUACUUCAGGUAAAAAAAAUGGUGAUUUAUCCAAGCCUUGUACCAAACAUACCAAAGAAGUGAUCAAGUUCUACUGUCAUGACCAUAACACACUUAUAUGUAGUGUUUGUGUGACCCUUGAACACCCAACAACAUCCUGCCAUGUGGACUACAUACCUGAUAUAUCAGGACAGACUUUAGACAGCACUGAGUUCAAAGAAACUCUAAAAGAUAUUAACAAACUGACAGACAAAUGUUGCCAGAUUACAAAAGAUUUGAAACAAAGAGUUGCUAAAUCAACAACUUCUCUGGAAGAUGCUUUAGCAGAAAUAGAGAACUUCAGGACAGAGAUUAACAAGAGAUUAGAUGAACUAGAAAAAGAGGUUAAGGAUACUGCAACAAAAAUCCAACAUAACAACAACAAAAAGUUGAAAACAACAGAAACAAUGUGUGAUGACUUGAACAAAUCACUCCAAGCAUCAGCUGAUACUCUAAAGCAUCUCAACACCAACAAGAAAGCUGACCAACUGUUUACAGAAUUGAAAAUAGCUCAGCAACUGAUAUUACACAAUGAAAAUUUAACAAAACAACUACCAACAACCAAUGAUGUUGAUGAAUACACUUUUGAAUCCAAUCAAGCAAUCAAAAAAUUCCUUCAGAAUGAGAAAUCAUUAGGAACACUGAUAAAAAAGGAAAUAAAGCAACAAGCUCAAACCAAGAAAAAGGCUGCAUUACCAAUGAAAAUGUCAACCCCUCGAAACAUCAAUGUUAAAACAUCCUCAGAUGAAGAUGGUUGCGAUAUAACUGGUAUAACUGUCUCUCCUCAGAACCAAUUAUUUGUAGCAGAUUACAGUAAUAACUCAAUUAAAAUGAUAGACAUAAAAAGUGGAGCAAUUAAACAACAACAGCUUGUAUCAAACCCCUGGGAUGUCCUUAUGGUGACCAGAGAUACACUUGCUGUUACAUUACCAGAAAUUAAAACAAUACAGUUCAUUUCCUUCUCCUCAAACUCUCUCUCAAUGAAAAACAAACUGAAAGUUGAUGGAAAGUGCAGUGGAAUAAGCCAUCAUCAGGGUAAACUUGCAGUUACCUUUUUAAAUCCUACUAAACUCCAAAUCAUGGACUUGAAAGGUAAUAUUAAAAUUACAGUUGAGAAAGAUUCCAAUGGUGACAGUAUUUUCAGUAAACCUAGGUAUGUCACCACAAACAGUCAUUCAAUCUAUGUAUCUGAUGACGGCAAAUAUGCAGUUAUAUGGUUUAACUGGCAGGGAGAGAUGAUAGGAAGGAAUGUAGACAUUGGAAGCCCAAGGGGUAUUUCACUGUUAGAUGACGGGUCCUUCUUUGUGAGUGAUGAAUUGACUAAAUGUAUAUAUAGAGCAAGUGGUGACUGUAAAGACAGGACAACUAUACUGGAGAAUGUAGAGGAUCAUCCUUAUGCUGUAUGUUGGUGUGCUGAGACCAGUACACUUUAUUUAAGUACAUACAGCAACACAGAGAGUAACAAUAAUAUCAAAAUGUAUAAAAUGAUGUAGAACCAAGAAAUGGUAAUCAAUGUGGACAUAACAAAACAUAAACAGUUGUAAUUAUAUGUUAAAUGAUAUGUAUAUAUGCACACAAGUAAAAUAUAUGUAUAUACAAUGUAUACACGCAAUUAUUUUUUUUUUUACAAAAUUAUACCAGGGUUGGUGAGAGGGGCUUUUUUCCAUUGAUGAUUUAUGAUAAUGUUUUCUUUUGUUUUGUCUUGUCAGAUUAUAAAUUUCUCUUUCAUUUUUCAAAAGAAAAUAAAAUAUUUAAAAUAAUAGAGAUAUUUGCAGUUUAAAAUAUACUUUUUAAAGGUUUUCAGUCUUCACGAAAAACUUUAAAAAGCAAAGGACAUUCGGGCCAGUAAAAUUUCAAAUCUUACUGGACCUGGUGAUUUUUAGCCGGACCAAAUACAUAGAUAGGUAAUAAAUUGAUGGGUAAAGGAAAACACUUUAUCAUGCUUCCCUUGAUAAUUUUGAAAAAAGCAUAAUACUUCUUGUAUUUUGGGCCAUAUGUUGACAGCUUUGAAAAAUUUAUAAGGACCAAAUGUUUAGGCAAAAUUUACUAGAAUUGAACAUGAACAAAGCAAUUUGCUUCAAACAAAUCACUUUCACAUAAAAAAAUUUACUUAACUCAAUAAUCACAAAAUCAUAGCUAAAUAAUGACCAUAAUAAACAAUGGUUUAAUUUCCGUAACUGUACGAUAAGGUACGGAAAAUAUCCAAGAAAAAAAAUGGCGGCCUUCAUUACUCAAUACAAUUUAGACAUCUUGCGCUGUAUUUUGAACAUUUAGGACAGAAUUGAUGGGUUUCAUUUGCAAAACAGGCAAAAAGAUCAAUCUUUUAGAGAACCCUGCUUCAUUAUUUUGAUGAAUUUUUCUUAUAAUAUUUUUUCAUGGCCAAAAAUCUACUGGCCCGUCGGACCACCAACCUUGCAAUAAUCACCGGACCGAUGCUAAAUUUAGUGGCCUCGGGCCUCGGACUGGCGUUAAUUUCGAAGACUGG